AGAAGAGGCGGAUGGGAAGAGGUUCAAGUGUGGGUUUUCUCCUUGAACCUGGACUAGUAUGGGUCAAGAGCUGUGUACAAAGAGACUACAGCCAGGAUGCAGUUGCUACCACCGUUCGGAGGGAGGGGAGGCUCACAGCUGUCCGAGAAGCCAGCCUGGAAGCACCGAGCCUGCUGUAUUAGAGCUAACAGACCUAAAAGAAGUAUCAUGUUCCACGUCUUCAUUUCACCCCAGGGGACUCCAGGCUGCCCGUGCCCAGAAGCUGGAGAGUAAAAGGCCACGGAGUAACAGUGAUUCUUUUCAGGAAGAGAAUCUGAGGCAAGGGUUGCCAUGGAAGAAGAGCUUUCCUUUUGGGGCAGCCUCAUCUUACUUGAACUUAGAGAAGCUGGGUGAAGGUUCUUAUGCCACAGUUUACAAGGGCAUCAGCAGGAUAAAUGGACAACUAGUGGCUCUAAAAGUCAUCAGCAUGAACGCAGAGGAGGGAGUCCCUUUCACAGCCAUCCGGGAAGCGUCUCUCCUGAAGGGCUUGAAGCACGCCAAUAUUGUCCUCUUGCAUGACAUUGUUCACACCAAAGAGACUCUGACAUUCGUAUUUGAAUACAUGCAUACUGAUCUGGCCCAGUACAUGUCUCAGCAUCCGGGAGGGCUUCAUCCUCACAAUGUCAGGCUUUUCAUGUUUCAGCUUCUGCGGGGCCUGGCCUACAUCCACCACCAGCGUGUUCUCCACAGGGACCUGAAACCUCAGAACUUGCUCCUCAGUCACCUGGGAGAGCUCAAACUGGCUGAUUUUGGUCUUGCUCGAGCCAAAUCCAUUCCCAGCCAGACAUACUCUUCAGAGGUGGUGACACUCUGGUACCGGCCACCUGACGCUUUGCUGGGAGCCACUGAGUACUCAUCUGAGCUAGACAUAUGGGGAGCAGGCUGCAUCUUUAUUGAAAUGUUCCAGGGUCAACCUCUGUUUCCUGGGGUAUCCAACAUCCUUGAACAGCUGGAGAAGAUCUGGGAGGUACUGGGAGUCCCUACAGAGGAUACCUGGCCUGGAGUCUCCAAGCUGCCUAACUACAAUCCAGAAUGGUUCCCGCCACCUAAGCCUCAAAGCCGGCAGAUUGUCUGGAACAGGCUGGGUGGAGUUCCGGAAGCCGAAGACUUGGCCUCCCAGAUGCUAAAAGGCUUCCCCAGGGACCGUGUCUCAGCCCAAGAAGCCCUCGUUCAUGAUUAUUUCAGUGUCCUGCCAUCCCAGUUGUACCAGCUUCCUGAUGAGGAGUCUCUGUUUGCAGUUUCGGGAGUGAAGCUAAAGCCAGAAAUGUGUGACCUUUCAGCCUCUUACAGGAAGGGACACCGCCUAGCCGGGGUUAACAAAUGUUGGUGAAAAGAAAAGGCCUACAGCCACGCGGUCUCCUUCUUUCAGCUUAUUACGAAGCUUCGUGCCCAAUUUCAUACUGGAUCAGAGAUCUGUGUUCUCUCUCCUGCUGCUUGGAAUAUUUAAAAUAUAAUGUUCAAGGCAAUGAUAUAGGAAAAGGGUGCAAUGGAAGAGCAUUGCUGUUAUUGUUGCAAAGGAAAAGAAAAGAAAAGAAAAGAAAAGAAAAGAAAAGAAAAGACAUAAACUGUGAUGACAUGAAAAGAGCUAGCUCUUCAGAACCGUUUCAAGCAUUUUGAUGAUUCCCUGGGUCCAAAACUCCAUUUCUUUACAGGACAGAUUGGGAGAUGGAUGACUGGAAAGUUCUAGAGGCAGAACUGGUGCUUGCUGAGGCCUGUCAUGCUUGUACUCCCUUACAGUCCCCCCCAACUGGAAGACUUCUGUGGCGUGGAGGGGAUUAGUCUGGCUUAGAGAGGUCUGUAGGGAACGUGGUCUCUUGGAUAAAGUUGUCAACAAAUGGACUUGCUUGGGACUAUUUGUGAUGAUCCCUGGGGUUCGUUCUUCCUCCUUCAGUGUCUAUCAGAGUGCUCACUACUUAAGUACACCCAGAUUUCUGGAGUUCAAUCUGGGCUGCUGGCUAGAGUUGAGUUUCAGUUACCACCUGCUACUGGAUCCUAAUUGUCUUCAGCGAUGGCAAAAGCGACAAGGAACCUAAGCUGCCAUUGAUGGUACAGAUACUAGAGCUCCAGAGACGCAAUUCAAUCUCUGGGGCACCAUCAGGCACAUGUGCACACAGAGGACCCUCAGCAGGAGAUCCGUCGGGCUGACAGACUUUUUACAGAGCCUCCUAAGAGAAGUUUGGGAAACUCAAAUUACUUCAUCAAGGGAUCAUCUCAGGCAAUAGAGUAGCCUAGAAACCAGAGACCACGAUGUAUCCUUUAGGAGGAGGAACCCAUUAACAGAGAAUUUAAAAAUGGUAACUAUCCACCCAGUGUCUGAGAUGAAAGAAGGGGAAAAAAAUACAUGCAGAUAAUCCCCCAGAAAGCUGUCUUUGUGUAUAUGAGCAAGCCACUGGACAAAGCCUGCCCACUGCACCUGCAAGAUGAAACGUGUGGGCUGGAGGGGGCUGACAGGGUGUGUGUGUGUGUGUGUGUGUGUGUGUGUGUGUGUGUGUGUGUGUGUGUGUGUGCAAAGAUCAGAUCGUAUUCAACCUAGAAAAAUGCCAGUGCUGAUAUGGUACGGGGUUCAGACCUGUCCAGGUCAAGGAUUUCCAGUGAUUACUGGCAUACAUCAGAGAAAAUGCAUACCUUGUUCUUACAAGUCACUGAAAUAAGUAGUACUAUGAUUCUUCUACUGUAUAAGCAUGGGCCCUGAGGCUCCAGGAAGUUAAGUAGUUUCUCUAAGGCGCUAUGCCAGGGUUCAAGUGGAAACCUCAAGUCCAGUGUCUGAGAUCUUUCCGGUCAUCAUGUCUCUAUCAGAUUUGUAGACUGUUCUACUGUUGAAGAGGCAGCUGAUGUUUGGCAUUGGGUCAUGAUUCAGGGGACGCAGACCUGCUAAUCAGCAGCAAGUCAAAAUAAUGCUUAUUCCUGUCUUUAUCUGAUUUAAAUUCUUACACGUUGGGUUUUAAAUGCCUACAACUUAAGUAAGUUUGUGACUUAGUGGGAAGUGGUGAAUGAAUUAUGUAAUCUAGCUGCCCCCAACAGAUAAUGCUAAUCCUUCAGGCUGCAGAAAUGAAAGACUAACACUAUGCCCCACAAGAAGAAAAACAGCUUAGCCUCUUCUGAUCCGGGCACAUUUAAAUCAUUAAGCUCAACUUCCACAUAUCACAUGCCACACUUUAAAGGAAGCAUCCUAUGAAAUAGAUGGUUUCUGUGCACCAUUUAGUUUGUAUGAUCUAAUCUUGUGUAAUCUUCUUAACAACACUAAGACAUAGUCAGGUUUACAGAGAACACUCAGGAUCAGAUAGAUGUAAGUCGCUAGGAUUUGGUGCACAAACUCUGUCUCCAAAGUCUGUGCUUCCCCCACCCACCUCCAACUCUGCUGAUUGCUCCAAGGUGGGCUACCAGGAAGAGCAAGGCACGUGAGACAAGCCACAUAGAGGGACAAGCUGCUGUAAGAGAAAACCGGGGAGGCAGAGACCCUCCUUCCAGUGGUAGAGGCUGUCACAGGCAAAGAGGCUGGUAGGCUGAUGCACCUUUGCGGGAUCAGCACAGAUUGCUGCUGCUCUGGGUGGACUAGGAAGCCCCUCUAAACAGACUUGCCUGCCCAGGAGCACAGGGUCUCCACCACAAUGGUGGCUUCCUCUGCCUUCUGGAUAUGGAAAGCAAUAGUCAAAGGUUCUUAGUUGGAAGUGAGGACAUCGAGUCUUGCAGAUUCUCGAACAUGACCUCAGAAUGUCUGGGACAGGCUGACUGCACUGGGCUCUCUACACGAUCCAGUAGCUGCAGAAUAAAGACUUGUUUUAUUUUCUAUGGAAGCACUUUUUUUUUUUUUUUUUUUUUUUUUUUUUUUUUUUUAAA